AUGGCAAUUCAGGUUGAGAAAAUGACAAAAGAGUUGUGUAAGGGUAUACGUAAUAUGAGAACUGGUCUAGUUGUGGGUGGUCUGUCAACUGCACAACAGAACUACCGAUUAGAGUCAAAUAUUCAGAUUAUCAUUUGCACUCCAGGAAGACUACUAGAACUAUCCCCAGAUUUAUCUCAGUGCUUCACGGUGGUUUUAGAUGAGUUUGAUGUUUUGCUGGAUGCUUCCUUUCACGAACAAGUUAAAUCUGUAAUGAGGCUCCUUCCGUCCCGUCAUCAGACCCUAAUGUUCAGUGCUACAAUAUCUGAGGAAAGUAGAAGAUAUGCUAAGCAACUUCUAUAUCACCCAGUUCAAAUUAAUGUGGGUAAACCUAGCAAUCCUACUGAGAAAGUAAAACAGAUGAUUUUAUGGGUUGAAAAUGAUUGCAAAAAGAAAAAGCUCAUAUCAAUUUUACAAGACAAGAGAUUUAACAAACCUCCUGUAUUGGUGUUUGUUGAGUCCAAACUUGGUGCACUUCUGCUAGCUGACUAUCUAAUAAACAAGGAUAUACUGUGUGCUGUUAUUCAUGGUGACAAGACACAAGAAGCGAGGACUAAGAUAAUAUCAGAGUUGGAAGAAGGGAGGUAUCCUGUGUUGGUCAGCACAAAUAUCCUCGGCAGAGGAAUUAACAUGCCGUCUCUCUAUGAGCUUUCAGUUUCUUCCAUGGUUACGUUACCAACUCAACUUGUAAAUUCUCCUCAUCUUGCUUAUCAGAAACAAUCUAAAGCAAUCAAUGAAAAUAGGGAGAAAGUAAAGUUGAAGUAA